AAAUAUAAACUGGUAUUCUAUACAUAAAAUCUCGUGGCUGUUGAAAAAUGGAAAACGAAGAACCGAUCGUUAGAUUAUGUACUAAACUCGACAUUAUCCAGAGUCUAGAGGAUGGCCAAACUGUUAGGGAAUUGUCGCGAGACUUUGACUUGAAUGAAGAUAUUAUUGAACAAAUAUGGUGGGAAAGAAGAAAAACUAAACAGAAGAUAAGAAGGGCUAAAGCGGCAAAAAGAAAAAAAAAGAUUAAAAGACGAGAAGAACUUGAAAAGGAGAAUACUGAGGUGACGGCAAGUAUUGAAGAUUAUGAAUGUUUCGAGACCAUACAGUUUUUAGAAAAGAAUUUAAUGGAUUGCGAACGUAGAGAGGAUUUGCUGUCAGCUUUGUACAGCGUGAAAAAGGAUUUACAAGAAAAUAAAAUUAAAGAAGGUCUGUUCAGUAAAGUAUUUACUUAG